CUGAUGAAAACUCUGCUUGCCCCUGGCUAUGCUCACAUGAAUUGAUGUGACUGGCAGCUGAGAAGAGUGAAAAGCAUAUGAGGAAAAGCAUACAAAAGGAGACGAAGGAAAGUCUUUCCGCUUAACGACAUAAAGUGCAGACCGGAAAUGAAUAUGCAAAACCGGUAAAAAGGAUAUGAAAAAUGCAAAUAACCAAAUCGAGUUCAAUGCAGAAUUCACAAUUCAGCUAACCUCAAACGUAUUUACACCAGCCAACCCCCGUACGAACACGUACACGAGCCACUGUGCUGCAGAUGGCUAAUUGUGGUUGAAAAAAGCAAAAAAAGAAGUAAAGAAAAAAAUAUACAUUUAAAAUUGCAAGAAUUGAAGUAAAGCGCAAAACGGAAUCCAGCAAAAGCAAUGUCAAAACUCAUAUGAAAAUAUGCAUUAAAUGCGACCGCAAAAUAGAAAACCAACCGAAAAAAAAGAGAGAAAAUAAUCAAAGGAAAAAAGGAAAUUGCGAUUGCGGGCGAAAACCCCGAUAGAAAAAAAAAUCGAGUAGGUGGAGAGCGAAAAACAAGAGAUUGCAAAUGUAAAAAUUGAUUUCUGCGGUUUUCACAAACGGAUAUUGCGCGCAUAUAUGGCUGCAAAUCGUUGCGGCUAAUAACGGGAUAACGCACAAAUACAAAAGUGUAACAGCACAAACUAAAACAAAAACUAGUUCAAAAACUUAUAAAUACAUAAAUAAAUAAUAAACGUUUAAUCCGUUAAUCGCAUUGGAGAGCAAGCGGAAUGCAGCCGAAGGGAAUAAAACUCUGUCAGGUUUUCAUCAUCUGCGUGGCCUGCCUAACAACUCUGCCAGACCUGGCUGUUGGGCUGCGCAAUGUUAACGUUCACAUUCCGUCGGCCGUUAAGCGCGGCGAUAAUGCGCUCUUAAUCUGCAAUUAUGACAUUGAGAACGACACGCUCUAUGCGGUUAAAUGGUAUAGGGGCCGCAGGGAGUUCUAUCGCUAUACGCCCAAGGAGAAACCUGCCUGGAAGAUAUUCACGAAAACCAACGAAAUUGAUGUCGUGACCACACAGUCGAAUGCCAGCCAUGUGCUGUUGCGAAAUGUGCCCACCUCUAUAUCCGGUAAAUUUGCCUGUGAAGUGUCCGCCGAUGCGCCCACAUUCGAUACGUCCAUUGUGGCUGCCGAUAUGGAAGUUGUGGAGCUACCCGCCCAGCGGCCCAUUAUAACGGGCAUACACUCGCGUUACCGCCUGGGCGAUAUCAUCAAUGGCAAUUGCUCGUCGGACUACUCGAAGCCAGCGGCCAAUCUGACCUGGUGGAUCAACGAUAUACAGGUCCCACCCAACUAUUUGCGCACUUAUGACAUACAAAGACACCUGGCUGAGCACUUGGAAUCCUCUGUUCUGGAACUCAACUUUGUUGUGACUACGCAUCAUUUCAUAAAAGGACGCCUAAAGCUGAAGUGCUCCGCUCGCAUUCACGAUAUCUAUGCGCAGGAGAGCGAGAAACUCAUCGAGGAGGAUCGGCCACGUAUAUUGGCCUCUGGCCGCUCACCGGAUAUGAAUAUGUAUCCCUUUGAUCAACCAGGCGAUGUGGAUGAACACAAUGAGCUCUACUUGAUACACAAAAAUGCUGCCCCCAGGCCCAGUGAGCUCGAUUGGCAACAGCAGCUAACUCGAUUUCUGUUAAUGGGUCUAUUGCACUUGGCCUGGACUGCCGCUCAGCUGAGCAGAACGAGAAUUCCACACAGCUGCAGCCACUCUCAGGCGGAACGGGCAAGGAUGAAGCUGCUACGGUGAUGAGCUGGCCAGGAUCAGUUACAGCUGCGCGGCGAAACGGAGACUUCAAUACAGCUGGGCAGCGAGUGCUCUGCAGCCAACUAAAACUGGCCACAAAUAUUAGUUAAACAAAGCUCUCAUUGCAUUUAUAGAAAUCAUCAGGAACACAUAUAAAUGAAGUGAAGACUCUGUUGAGUGGAUAAAAAAGCUUAGAGAUUUCUUAUCUCA